UCAAUACCGUUCAACUGCCGCCAGAUCCUCUUGAAUCGGCGUCGGGAUUAUAAAAACUCUUGCAGCGACUCGAUACUAUGACACGUCUCCGAUAACGACAAUUGGCAACCAAAACUCUUGAAUUUACCGUAUCUUUUUUUUAAUCACUUAUAAUUGUCGUAUCCCUAUUUGUGUGCCUCGGAAGAGUCUUCAUAAGUGGCCAAGGGUCUCUUUACUACGAAGAUGUCAAACCACCCUGGCAAUGCCUCCUGGGGUGGUAGUCAGGACGUCGAUGAGUACGGAGUACAGGUAAAGCCUAUGGGGUUAAAGGUCCAAUAUACAUUUGACAAAGAUUGUCAGGAGCGAUGUCUCGCUCGUUGGCCUCACAUUCUUCAAGUCCAAACGAUCCCGGUGGACGAGCAGAACCGCAUUGGUAUCAUUGAUCUAAGGCCAUGCCUACAGGCGGUAGCCCAGUGUAGUCCGGAGUUGAUUAGCAGUAAUGAAUACGACUACACUGUCUAUGCCUAUGACUAUUCUGAGCCAGAUGUGCCCCUAGUUGGACAAGGCAUGCUCAGCUGGGGUCUCGAUCAAGGACCCAGUUCAUCUAAUACACCGCAGUUCGUUACGGGACGUGUCACGAAGAACCUACUAGCUGCUUUUGGAACCGGCAUUAGAGAGAUCCUCGAAGUUAGAUUGAAGUUAACCCCUGUUCCGAAAAUCGCACGAAAUAGUUCAGCCCCGGCGGCUGGUAUAGAACCGAUUACCGCUCCGAGAACAUCAACACCUACUCCCUCAGAGAGUACCGAAUGGAAUUCAUUUACUCAAUCCAAUUCGAACCUAGCUCAACCUCAGGGGCCACCUAUUAGUUCCGCUCUAGUUCCUACGCCUAUUCAACCCUUUUACCAGAACCCCGAGCCUAGAGCAAAUACACCCAUAUCGAGCUUUCAAGGGCUAAGAUCAGCGCCAGGAAGCCGACCCGCCUCGGCCGAACGGAAUGUUAGGGAGCAGCAUGGACCAGCUCCGAUCCAAGGGCCAGCUCCCCAAAAGCAGGCUAUGGUCACAGAUGAAUUAGCCAGAGCUCCGGCACCGGCCAAGGGAGGUAAACCCCAAUCACGUCCGGCUUCUAGAGCAUCAAGCCGCCCCCCUUCAGGACGACCUAGGGGUCGACCACGAAAGAAGCCUCUUCCGGCUGAGGGUAGUACGUCAGGUUACGAAGAUGGCACUGAUGCGGAUGAUGGACCACCACGGACCAAGAAGAGGGCUACAAUGACCAAGGUUGAGCGUAGUAAUACUGCUACAUUCGGCUCAGCGCCAGAAUCGCUGCGAGUUGUUGCCAGCACCGCGGGAUCGAUUCGAAAUUUUCGGCCUAUUGCAUCUGCUGGGGAUGCUCCUACAGGUCAAGAAAUCCCGCGAGCUCCAACACCCGUCCCCGACUCUCGUUUUUCAAGCGUACCUAAUGCCCGACCCUUGGCUCCUAGCGGCCUGAGACGUGAGUCGAUAUCAAGUUCGACAAUAAGCCGCUCUUUUACGCCAUCUUUUCUGGAACUUAACCAGUCUACUUCUCACAUCCAAGAUGCUCGAUCCCCUGUGGAGUCUGCGGGUGCGUCGCCAUCUCAUACGUAUUCCGAUGAAGCUAGUCCCGACAUUGGGUCCUCACCUCCUGUUCCUCGAUCUGCAUUAUAUAGUAUGCGAUCGAGUCCAGCUCCUUCGAGUCCUAUCCUUCCACCGAUGCCCAUAACAAUGCCGCAGCCUGAUUCAGGAUAUAUGAGUGGAGGACUGGAUAGUCGAAUAGAGGAGGAAACUAACCUGAGACAAAAGGCCCCUGUGGUAGCGAAGCCGAAGCCCCGUCGAAGUCGUGUGAAAAAAGCCCCAGCUAAUGUUCAGAGCGACCUAAUUAUCCACACAGAGACUCCUGGGCCUCCUGAGUUGUUACCUCAAACGUCGAUUUAUAACCCACCUCAUCUCAGUCGAAAAACCAGUGAAAUGGCCAAAACGCCCGUGAUUUCUGAACCUCCGUGUUUACCAGUUGAAAGAGUGGAGGCGGAAGGUACGGAGGAGCAACGUUCAGUAAAAGAAUUUUCGCCAGAGAAAGCCACCACCGUACAAGAGAAUAUCCCAAACCCAGAGGUUACUCAGGUUGAUGCUUUGGAAGAUGAGGGCCAACGUCUAGCAUCCAUGAGCCAUGAUCAUCCACUUACACAAACUCCCGAAGACUCGUCAAAGUAUGAUAACGCACAACCCACUACCGAGGUGGUCAGUAGUCGCAUGGAACCACCUACUCACGAACAGAGCCGGGAGACGCCUCCAGAACCCGAGCUUCCAGCAGUUCCUGCGAGUGACCCUGUUCUUCCUCAGUUGACUUUUCCUACGCUUCACUCUGAGCCCGCACACCCUCAGACUGACGCUAUCGGACCUGCGGAUGGAAAAUCGAAUAAAAAUUUCGUUAAAAGGCAGACAAUCCGUCAGAAACUAGAAGAAGCUGUUGCUCAAGGGCAACUACCGUCAUUCUGCCGCAACUGUGGAGCUUUGCAGACGCCCACGUGGCGAAAAAUCUGGAAACAGGAACAUAAAGGUAUUCCAGCGUAUCAUGAAUAUUCAGAGAAGCCGGGUUAUGUCACCGCUAUCAAUGUUCUCGAGAGAGACGCUGAAGGCAAAGUGACCACGUAUGAAGUUAUCAAGAAGUCCUUGGGCCCGAAAGACAGCAAGAGCGCGUGGAAUGAAGUAUUGCUUUGUAAUCCAUGUGGUAUCUGGUUUAGCAAGUUCAAACAGCAUAGACCAGCGGAGAAAUGGGAAAAGGACGAACAAAGGCUCUCUCAAACGCGAAAGAAGAGGGCGAAUGGUACCGCAGCACCUCGCUCGAAGAAAGCACGAACAAAGAGUGAUUCUCAGACGAAUUUAACUUCUGAAGCUUGCCUCCCCACGGAUCCUCUUGGGCCGUUAGAUGCGCCCUCAUCUCCAAAAAACUUACCACUCGAGUCGUUCAGCCAGACGCAACAGCAAGGGCUUGAAAGGAGCUCGAAAAAAAAUCGUGGGAAAUCUGAUCCGGAAAGAAACUGUCAAGGCUCGACACAUUCGCGAGGAUCUACGCACUCUAGGGGAAGUGGUACUCCAGGCAGCCCUAUUGCCCUUGACGAUGAUUUAGGAGUUACUCGACGACUCCUUUUUCCAUCCCCGCGCAAGGAUGGAGAGCAGAGGAUACUAGGUGAAGCUGCUUUUAAUAUUAUGCAGACAUCAUCUGAAUAUCCAGACGCGAGAGUUGGGAAUGAGCUAGAGAAAGAGAAUGCUAUCCUAGGAAGGAUUGGAGGGACUUUGGAAGAAGACUUUGCGGACAUAUUUGGUACGCCGCCCCGGCCUUCGACACCACCUCCAAAGGCCAAUCACGGUGGCCCUUUUAAGACCCCAACUCGUCCAACCCCCAGCCAUCGACCGGUCACUAGAAGUGUAACCAGAUCCAUGCGCUCUUGCAGAUCUAUCAACUCCCCAAGUCAAAUUUUAAUGUCUCAGCACACUCCGACUCGAACUCCUCGCUCCAGUGGGGCUAAGCGCCACUCACCGGGCGGUCUUCUACCCUCGCAUCUCCUGGAUAGUCAGAUUUUCGACACGCCACUAUCACGAUCCAUUCACCAACUCCUGCCUGACAUGAAUCAGUUUAACAUGCCAAUACCGUCGUCCCCUGGUUUCCAACUGGAUCUGGGUUCUCUUGCACCAUUAGAUGAAGAGCUUAGCCAUGGAUCCUUGGAUUUCGGUAACCUAUUCGCAAUCGAUACAGCCCAGCGUAGUUCGCCGUCUGCACGGAAUGAAGACCAAAGAGGGAACUUUGGACAGCGUAUUACUUACGACAGAAACGCAGAUCAGUGGACCGAAAUGGACACAGAAUAUUAAUGAAGUGGAGAUGAGACGACGCCUGAUGCUCUUACCGUGUGGUGUG